AUGGCCUCGUCAGAGUACUCGCAAACGCUGCAAAAUAUCACUGAUGCAAAGCUCGAGGAGCUUUCCCUCAAGCGUCAGAUAUUCCUGGAGCGCAAAGCGUCUGCCAUCGACGCGGCAGAAUCGACAGCUUCGCCGAUCGCAAAGAUCCGUGCUCUCGCAGAUGGCGUCAAGUCGUGCUUCAACAUUCCUAUUAAAGAUGGCCGUGUGAUAAUCCGUUCGGGUAAUCACAGACAACUUGAGAUCGACCUUGCGAAUCUUGACCGGUUCCUUCAACAAGCCGAUUAUGAUCCAGCAAUCUCGCCCGAUAUGAUCGAGCGUUGGCAUCGGACUUUGCUCCGCUACCUCGACAUCCACACGCUCAAAUACGAAUACGCGACACUCUUCGCACAGCUCACUAAGGAGUGGUUAUCGGUCAAGAAGAACCAGAGCUCACAGUCCCAUGUCGGAUCUCAAGGUGAUUUUGAGAAAAUCGCGAGUACGACCAAGAUGGAAAGUCGACAGUCGUGGGAGGAGACCGUGUUCACUGCUGCAGGCCAUGACGCUGAGGUGAUCACUGCUUUUCUUACCGAGCUGUUCUCCGGACUUGGGCCCCCUGGACCGGAGGGAGAAACAGGCCAAGCACGAGGUGUGGACAAGACUUUACAAGAACUGCGGGCGAGAGUUGGAAAUUGCGGAUUACACGUCUCAGCGCCCCUUGUCAAGCCCACAACUCUCACGUGGGUCAUUGACGGGCUGCUGAACUCAGAUCUGAUGUCGGGCAAGCAGCAGACGGCCCUGAGAGAGUUUACAAAGGACGAUACCGUCUUGAGUGAGCUAUGCGACGUGAUCAACAUGCGGCUGGCGAGGCUAGAUGCGUGGACGUGGGGUCCUGCUGUCCACGUCGAGCAAAGACGCCAGAUGAAUGGAACAUAUCAUAUGCAUAUGCACGAGGACCUCAUACAAGCAAUAUUCUUGCAAUAUAUCGGCGUCAUGUGGUCCAAGUCCUUCAAAACUGCGAUUCGUGAAUUCCGAGCGAAGCGCGAUAACUGGAAAUCCCGGCGAUCCCAGAUUCCGGCCACUGAUAAAAAGCGUCUCGAAUUCUUUUCCUAUGGCAAGUACAAUGAGAUACCUAGCUUGCAAACCACCAAAGAAACCAUUCAUCGUGAAGCAUACUUCGUAUCGCAGCUGCCUGAGAGCGAAUACGAAAUCCGAAAGCACGACGAGGGUGAGCUGGAGGCUUCCUCUUGUGUUAAGGCGAACAGGCCCAGAGCAAAGCAGACUGCACCUAGACCACGACCGGGAACGAGAGCGAUGGCGUAUCGCAAGAUUGCCCCCUCGGCUGCCGCUGCAGCCGAGGAGACAGAAGAGUCUGAUGAAGACAUGGGCUUCCGUCUGUACGACGACGACCCCUCUGACGAGCCCGAUGCCAAUUAUACUGACAUCUAUGGCUCAAGCAUGAAGUCACCCGCCAAUCAGUCCAAGGCAAAGCAGAACCUUUUACUUCUCUUGAGCGCAGACACAAUCAUCAACAAACGGCUGCAUGGCGAGAUUACGUGCUUCCGGGCCCAGUAUGAAUCGCUCUACCCGAGCCUGCCGCACUCUACGAUCCUUGCAGUCCUCCGGUUCUUCGGCGUGUCGGAAAAGUGGCUGAGCUUUUUUGAAAAGUUCUUGGCUGCGCCGCUGAAGUUCAUGGAUGAGCCCCAGGCCGAGCCGCGAAUGCGCCGACGGGGAACACCAGGGUCGCACGCACUGAGUGAGCUCUUUGGCGAGACUACACUCUUCUGCCUUGACUUGAUGAUCAAUAAGGAAACCGACGGCGAGAUACUCUGGCGAGUCAACGAUGAUAUGUGGUUCUGGUCCCGCGAUCAGGAAACAAGUGUGGCGGCGUGGAAGGCCAUUCAGCGCUUCAACGAGAAGAUGGGCAUUUCCAUCGGUGAGGACACCUGUGGGGGUGCUCACAUCACCACUGAGAAAAAGAAGCGGGACUCGACCAUUCACCCGGUUCUACCCAAGGGCAAGAUCAGAUGGGGAAUGCUGUACCUGAACCCCGAGUCUGGCAAUUUCGAGAUCGAUCAAGAUAUGGUAGACGAGCAUAUCAAGGAGUUGCAGCGUCAGCUGGACGACAAGCAAGGAAGCAUUUUUGGGUGGAUUCAGGCCUGGAAUUCAUACGCAUCCACCUUCUUCAGUUACAAUUUCGGCGUGCCGGCGAACUGUUUAGGUCAACGACACGUCGACACGAUGCUAAAGACCCACGAGCGGAUCCAACGUGAAAUAUUCUCGUCAGGCCCCGGCGGAAGCCAAGGAGACAGUAGCGUGAUCACCCAUCUACGUGAGAUGAUCCAAUCACGCUUUGGCACGGUGAAUCUUCCCGAUGGAUACUUUUUCCUCCCGAUCGAUCUUGGAGGACUCGAGCUGUCAAGCCCAUUCAUCACUCUCGUCGCCCUCCGGGAUUCAGUUGUGACUGACCCCGAUUCUCUUCUUGACGAUUUUCUUGAAGCAGAAAAGAGAGACUAUGCCAACCACAAGCGAUGGUUCGACGCAAAGGACAAACUUAGCGCCGAAUUCCGAGAACGUUGGCGCCCCGAAGAUGCAGACCAAUUCAUGUCAUUCGAGGAAUAUACUCGUUACCGCGAGUAUUUGAACUACCGUGGCCGAACGAACUUGGUGGAGGUCUACGACAAGCUCUUGAAGCUGCCGCAGCUGGAGGAUAUCAAACAAGAUGUGUCCGGACCGGUUACUCUGGCUCUUGGUCAGCUACAGGGCCAGAAUAAUCUAUCAGGAGUCCAGUCAGACUGGUACAUGAUGUCGUCCUACUGGAGAUGGCUGGCGCAGCUGUACGGGCCGGAGAUUGUGGAGCGGUUUGGCGGGUUCAAUAUCGUUGAUCCGGGAUUGUUGCCCAUCGGGCUGGUGAGCCAGUUCCGCAGUGGCAGGGUCAGUUGGGCGGAGGAGUAA